ACUGGAGGCUGGGUGAGCAUGUUGUAUAGACCAGGCAUCCGGCCCGCUGGGGUCCCAGAGGACCGGGGAACUCCAGACUCCUGCUGCCCUGCAGAGAGCGUGUGGGGUCUGCGUAGGAGGCUUUGUGGUCACUCCGCCCUGAGUUCAAGCCUCAGCCCCGUGUGUCCAAGCAAAGGCUCUCUCAGCCUCAGUUGUCCUCAGCCGUGAAAUGGGACCACCCUGGCGCCUCCUUCCCUGACACCUGUUGGUUAGGGUUGGGGUUUGUGUUUGGUUUACGGUUAGGGUUAGGGUUUGGGUUAGGGUUAGGGUUCAUCCCUCCUUGAGUGCCGUGAGGGGGGUACUAUCAUCCACACCGUUUUGCAUGUGGGGAAACUGAGGCCCAGAGAGAUUGGGACUUGGGCGUUGCUGUUGAGUUGUGUGAUGGGAGGAGGGUUAGCCCAGGGCUGGUAUGCAGCAGGCGCUCAAUCUCGGGCAGUCACCAUCUCUGUGGGCCUGAGAUGGGAGGGUACUGGGGCCGCUCUAGCAGGGGCCAGGGCUGCCACUGGAACUUAGAACCCGCCUGACUGGGGCCUGGAGCCCGCUGGCCAAUCACAGGCCAGGAACGCCCAUUUCCCCCACCCUGCUUGUGAAGCAAUAAUCCGAGAUCUCCUGGGGCAGGCAGUCUGGCCACAGCGUGUUUCUCUGUGGCCCAGUGCGGGUUGACCUUGCUACCCAGGCCCAUGGUAGGGUGUAUUCGAAGAGCCUGUGCCACUGCCUCCAGGAAGGCCUCCAGCUUUCUGCGAAUGUGUGAAUGAGCCAGAUGCCGGCCGCUGUCCCCUGGAGCCCCGCGUGAGGAAGAGGCAUGCCCUGUCAGCCUUCAGCCUGAGCCCGGCGGCCCCCGCCCCCGCCCCCUGCCACCCUGCACUGCCCCGGCUCCCCCGCGGCCCCCACGCUGCAGUGUGGCCGGGCCCCGUCCCCACAGGGGCCGCCUCUGCCGCCCACCCCUAGUGCCCGUGGUGGUGGCGGUGGCCCGGCCCGCAGGGCCAUGAAGCUACAGGCCGUGAUGGAGACGCUCUUACAGCGGCAGCAGCGGGCGCGCCAGGAGCUGGAGGCCCGGCAGCAGCUGCCCCCCGAGCCCCCCGCUGCGCCCCCCAGCCGGGCCCGGGCCACCGCCGAUGAGGACAGAGAGCCUGAGAGUGCCCGGAUGCAGCGGGCUCAGAUGGCCGCGCUGGCCGCCAUGCGGGCCGCGGCUGCGGGCCUGGGACACCCGGCCAGCCCCGGUGGCUCCGAGGACGGGCCCCCAGGCUCAGAGGAGGAGGACGCAGCCCGGGAGGGGACGCCGGCCUCACCAACUGUGCCUGGCGGAGGCAGAGAAGGGCCGGGAGAGGAGCACUUUGAGGAUGUGGCCUCCGACGAGGACAUGAAGCCCAAAUGGGAGGAGGAGGAGAUGGAGGAAGACCUCAGGGAGGAUGAGGAGGAGGAGGAGGAUUUUGAGGAGGAGGAGGAGGAGGAGGAGGACGAGGAGGGGCUGGGGCCCCCAGGCCCCGCCAGCCUGAGCACUUCGGCCCUGUUCCCCCGCAAGGCCCAGCCGCCCCAGGCCUUCCGCGGCAGCGACGGCGUUCCCAGGGCACUGGGGGGCCAGGAGCGGCCGGGGCCCGGCCCUGCUCACUCUGGAGGGGCCGCCUAUGUAGCCCCCCAGCUGCAGCCGCCAGACCACGGGGACUGGACGUACGAGGAACAGUUUAAGCAGCUCUACGAACUCGACGGGGACCCCAAGAGGAAGGAAUUCCUGGAUGACUUGUUCAGCUUCAUGCAGAAGCGAGGAACACCUGUGAACCGCAUCCCCAUCAUGGCCAAGCAGGUCCUUGACCUGUUCAUGUUGUACGUGCUGGUGACGGAGAAGGGCGGCCUCGUGGAGGUCAUCAACAAGAAGCUGUGGCGCGAGAUCACCAAGGGCCUCAACCUGCCCACGUCCAUCACCAGCGCGGCCUUCACCCUGCGGACCCAAUACAUGAAGUACCUAUACCCUUACGAGUGUGAGAAGCGAGGCCUCAGUAACCCCAACGAGCUCCAGGCAGCCAUAGACAGCAACCGACGGGAGGGCCGGCGCCAGAGCUUUGGGGGCUCCCUCUUUGCCUACUCGCCGGGCGGGGCGCACAGCAUGCUCUCCUCGCCCAAGCUGCCCGUGUCCUCCCUGGGCCUGGCCACAAACACCAAUGGCAGCUCCAUCACCCCCACCCCCAAGAUCAAGAAAGAGGAGGACUCGGCCAUCCCCAUCACAGUACCUGGCCGCCUGCCUGUGUCGCUGGCAGGCCACCCGGUGGUGGCGGCUCAGGCAGCAGCUGUACAAGCGGCAGCCGCCCAAGCAGCCGUGGCCGCGCAGGCAGCGGCCCUGGAACAGCUGCGGGAGAAGCUGGAGUCUGCGGAGCCUCCCGAGAAGAAGAUAGCGCUGGUGGCUGAUGAGCAGCAACGGCUGAUGCAGCGGGCAUUGCAGCAGAACUUCCUGGCCAUGGCAGCCCAGCUGCCCAUGAGCAUUCGGAUCAACAGCCAAGCCUCCGAGAGCCGCCAGGACUCCGCCGUGAGUGUGACGGGCACCAGCGGCACCAACAGCAUUAGCAUGUCGGUGGAGAUCAAUGGCAUCAUGUACACAGGAGUUCUGUUUGCUCAGCCACCGGCCUCCACGCCACCCUCUGCUCCCAACAAAGGUGGUGGUGGCGGCGGCAGCACGGGCGGCCGGGGAGGAAACAGCGGGACCAGCGGUGGCCAGGCCGGGCCAGCGGGGCUGUCUGUGCCCUCCACAUCUACCUCAAAUAACUCGUUGCCUUAACCGCAUCACUGCCCACCCGCCACCCACCCUGGGGCCCCACCAGCCCGGGCAGGGGGUCCAGGUGAGCCACACAGGGGCCAGCACGGCCCGAAGAUACGGGUGGGGAGGGAAGAUAGCCACAGAAGAGCCACAGCUGACGCCAAAAAAGAAAAGAAAAAAAUAUAUAUAUAAUACGUAUAUAUAUAUAUAAAGAAAAUUUAAUAAAACAGGGGAAAACCAAGGAACACUUGAAUUUCUCAGGUUUUGGACAUUCAGAGAGAUGAAUUGUGAGGACAGCAAAGGAAAUGGAUGAGAAAACCGAGAGGCAGCCCCUUCCCGGGCGUGCACCCACCGAAGGCUCUGGUGUCUGGUUCGGCCCGACCGCGACGUGGCCGGUCCCGUUUACCUCAUACACCCCUGCACUGUGUGUUUUCAGUUUUGUCUGCUUUGGUUCUCUGUGAUUUUCUGUUCACCGUACGCUCACCACUCCCGGUUCCUGUGUCCAGUGAAACCCCUGAGCCGAGAUCACUGAAUUUUUUUUUUUCUUGUUGCUUUGGGGAUUUUUUUUUUUUUUUUUCCUCUCUGUAGGGUUUUUAAGAGGUUUCGGGGGUUUGAUUGUGUAAAUAUUCUAUUUUAUUCUCGGGGGGAUCAAACCUUAGGAAAAGGAUAUCUAUAUAUCUAGAUACUAUAUAUUUGUGUUCCUUCAGGGAAACUGGCCUUGAAAACCAAGAAAAAAAAAAAAAAAAAAGCAAAAAAAAAAAAAGAAAAUAACCUUUUUAUUUUUCCCAUGACCAAUUUGGGUCCCUUUGUCCGUUUCCGGGGGUGCGUUGAGCAGCUGUGAGCCCAGCAUGUCGGAUCCCUGGGGCCAGAGCCUCGGAGCCAAUGAACUCAGGUGCUGUGGGCCGGGCUGGGGCAGGGGGGGCGCAUGCCGGGGCCCCUGGGGGCCAGGGGUGGCCCCAUGACAGUAACUUGCUAACUGUGAUGUUCCACGAUGCUUUCUCUUGUGCUGUGCUUGUCUGCCGGGUUCUUGAGUUAGGGGCCUGGAAAUGUUUGAUUAUUUUUUGAGACGGAGUUUCGCUUGUUACCCAGGCUGGAGUGCAAUGGCGCGAUCUCGGCUCACCGCAGCCUCCGCCUCCUGGGUUCAGGCAAUUCUCCUGCCUCAGCCUCCCGAGUAGCUGGGAUUACUGGCACGUGCCACCGCACCCGGCUAAUUUUUGUAUUUUUAGUAGAGAUGAUGUUUUGCCAUGUUGGCCAGGCCGGUCUCGAACUCCUGACCUCGUGAUCCACCCGCCUCGGCCUCCCAAAGUGCUGGGAUUAUAGGCUUGAGCCACUGCCUCGGCUGGGCCAGGCCUGGAAAUAUUACCUGAAAAGUAGCAAGUGCUGGAAAAAUGGCCUGGGGGGCGGGGGACAGGGCUGAUUCUUGUCACAGUCCCCAGGCCCCUGUCUCAGGGAUGAAUGUGGCGUCUCACUGGGAUUCUUCUCUGGCCCGAAAGGGCUGUUCUUGGGGACUAUCAAUACUGGGGAGUUGGGGUGAAGCCGGACCUCGCUCAGGGUGAGGAUUUUGGGGCCCCGGCAUCCUGAACACCCCCCACGCCCCAACAUUCUCCUCGCUCGGUCCCUUCCUCUUCUCCCGACCCCUUUUGUGCUGGGGCUGCACGGGAGCCCUGGGUGGGGAUUGACUCAGCUAUUCCUGGGGUUAGCCUGGGUCUCUAAUUGGGCCCUGGGAGCCCUGUUAGGCCACCGGCAUGUGGGGUCAGUAGAAAGGAGAUGCCCCAGCUCCCCUCACUCCCAACCACCCCUCCAUUGCCAGCCCCUGCAAGGGGCUGGGGUGGCUUCUGAGCCCCACACUCUAGGUUCACUUUCCGGUCGGAUUGUGGGAAGGGACUUUGACUUCCUUGUGUUUUUGGUAGGGGACCCCACUUUCUUCUCGGAUCUCAGGGCCGUUGACAUGCCCCCCCUUUCCAAUAGGGGGUGGUGGGCAUCUAGGUUCUUCCUGCCCCGUUCCCGGGGCUGGCACCAUAGCAGCACAAUCACCCUGGGAAGGGGGUGUCUUUUCACCCCAAGACCCACUGACAGAACCACCUGGACUCUGUCCACGUCUGUCCUCCUCCCCGGGACCCCGUCUCACGUCUGGGCCCCGAGCAAGGGGAACCAUCUGUCCGUGUUGUCCCCUCCCCCGCCGGCCUCCAGGGCUUCUCUCCCUGGGACCCCCAAACCACCUCUGGGCCCCGCGAUGGGGGACGUGCCUACUGCCUAUCUGUCUACCUCAGGUCUGACUUUUGAUGCCAAAAUCUGGGCCCCUGGGGUGCCUGUCCCCCACCUCCUUCGCACUGGGUUCUGCCAUCCGCUGCGUCUGGUGGCCCUGGAGGGCCCCGGGAGGCCCCCUCUCACCCACCCGCCUCUUGCCUGGGGAGGGGCUGGGCGGGGCCUCGGGCUGUGUGUGUCGGGGUCCGUGUGCACGUGUGUGUGUCGGGAAUCCUGUGUCGUGUCUGUGUGGGUGAUCUGGCCUCCCGGCAGAGGGGGAUCUGGAUUCUAACUCAGGGGACUUGGGCCUGCUGUUAAGUCCGGUGAUUGUAGGGACAGGCGGGGGACGGUCUCGGGCUGGGUCCCGGUCAACCUGGCCGGCUCCAGGAGAAGGAAGUGGCCGUGCUGGCUGUGGAAGUGUGAGGGGGUCACAAGGGUCUACGGGGCCAGUUCCUGGGAGAGUGGGCAGGAAGCCGGGGUCUCCGGAGGGUCCUCCCUGCCUCAGGUGGCCCCGUUCAAUCCCGGCUGUUGGUGGGGGAUUUAAAGUCAGGGUGGCUUUCGGGGGGCAGCUCAGCACCCGCCUCCCCCCCGCAGACUGAGAUGGAGUCGGGCAGCUCCCUCAGCCUGGAGGACCCUGGGCGGGUUUGAGUUCACUCGGGGCUGUGAGGCCUCACUGCAGACCGGGCGGGGACCCGCACUCAGGGCGAAGGGGGGCUCCCCCUACUCUGAGAUGUUGGGGGGCAGGCGGCUUCCGGAACCCGUAAGUGGGACCUGUAAGUGGCGGCCAGGGCGGGCGGGAGGGUGGGCACGGGGCCCUGGGGGCAGCUGGGGCCGUCGUCAGGGUCUCGAAUCUGUACAAACCAAUCUCCUUCCUUUGAGCGUUUUUUUACCCACUCUGUCCCUUUUCCCCCUCAUUUUGCUUUUGCAUUUUUUUUUUUUUCUUGGCAAAUGUAAGCUCAGCCUUUCAUUCAUGACGUGUGAAGUUGCAGUUCCUCUGGGGUUUGUCAGACGGCGUGGGGACCGCGCCUGAAACUCAGGUAAUAGGAGAAAAAGAAAUAAUAAACUUAAAAAAAAAUUUUUUUUAAACAUAGAAAACUACUCUCUACCUCUGACUGGGCCCAGCCCGCCCCGCCCCGGCCUCGGGGUUCGGGGGGUGCUGUAACAAUUUCAGUUUUUGCAGAUCAUUCAGGUAUUAAAAGGAAAAAAUGUUAAAAAAAAAAAAAAAAGAAAAGAAAAGAAAAAAAGACCAAAAAAAAAAAAAAAAGGGUGUGAUGUUGAAAUUGAAAAGAUCACUGAAAGUUUACAUUUUAUAAUAACAUUAUUAUGCAGAUUGUAUUUAAACCUCAGAAAUAUUUAAGACGAUUGUAACUCUGUAAAGGUGAUGAGAUAUUAAAACAAGACAAAACUCUUCUGACUUUU